AUGCUUUCUGCUACACCAAAAUCACAAGAAGUCGAAGUUUCUGAGAGAGUUGAAGAGAAGAUUUGUGAGGAUAGAAUCAGUGCGCUACCAAACGAUUUACUGGUACAUAUCUUGUUGUUUGUUCCAACAAAAGAUGUUGUGGCCACCAUGAUUUUGUCGAAACGAUGGCAGCCUAUCUGGACAGCGGUGCCAAGACUCGAGUACAACGACAUCAGGGAAAUAAAUAACGCUGAAAAAGAGAGCGUUUGGUUUUUUCUUGACAAGUCGUUGCAUCUCCACAAGGCACCUAUACUAGAAAGAUUGUGUAUCCGACUUGGUGAAAGUUGUCCUAUUGAUGCUGAUGUUACAAAAUGGGUUGCAAACGCAGUUGAUCGUUGCGUGCGCGAAUUAGUGUUUGAACUUGAAUGGUCCGCGAAACCUACCAGCAUGCCUCAUAGCCUUUACACUUGUGAAACUCUCAUUGAAUUGAAGCUCUCUCAGAAGGUUCUCCUGGAUGUUCCUUCUUCAGCUUGCCUCCCAUCACUUACAAAGCUUUUCCUUUGUCAUGUGGUGUAUAAAGAUGAAGUUUCUAUCACUAGGCUUCUAUCAAGUUGUCCUGUUCUCAAAAUGUUGCUUGUGUACAGAUUGUCACAAGAAGACGACAAUGUGAAAACGUACAGCGUAAAAGUGCCAUCUUUAGAUGAAUUCAGAUACAUUAAUGCUAGGUCACAUGGCAAUGAAUCGGGCCAGUCGUCGGUGGUCAUAGAUUGUCCGGCAUUGACGUAUAUCUUUAUGCAUGAUACUUCAGGAGAUUCUUGUUCUAUCGGGAAGAUGCCUCACCUUGAACAAAUGUCUGAAAAUGUUCCACUCUUGUGGAGCAAACCGGAUCAUGUUCCCAAAUGCUUGGAGACCCAUCUUGAAGUCUUCAAGAUAAUUUCAUAUGAAGGAGGAAAGGAAGAAAAAGAAUUUGUGGAAUACAUGCUUGCAAACUCGAGGUGUUUAAAGGAAGCGGAGAUACUCCUGUCCGGUUACACGAGUUUAGAAGAGGAUAAGAAGAUGAUCCAAGAAUUGAAUUCCAUGUUCAAGAUUUCACCAUCAUGUCGAUUAACCUUUUACUGA